AUGAUGCUAUUGGUGGUCGCAUUGCUAUGGCUAGGCCACUCACUGCUGCGGCCGGUAGGGGCCAUGCGCUCGGACUAUCUGGCUCAGCUGCGGCAGGACACGGUAGACAUGUUCUAUCAUGGGUAUAGCAACUAUAUGAAGCAUGCGUUUCCUGAAGAUGAGCUUCGCCCAAUAACAUGUACUCCCUUGACACGGGAUCCUCAUAAUCCUGGGCGCAUCAACUUGAACGAUGCGCUUGGCAACUACUCCUUGACUCUCAUAGACAGCCUGUCUACCCUUGCGAUCCUGGCUGGAGGGCCGCAGACCGGAUCUUAUACCGGACCGCAAGCUCUGAGCGACUUCCAAGAUGGGGUGGCCGAGUUUGUACGACACUAUGGAGAUGGAAGAUCGGGACCAUCCGGUGCUGGGAUACGUGCCAGGGGCUUCGAUCUGGAUAGCAAAGUCCAAGUGUUCGAGACGGUCAUCCGCGGCGUGGGAGGUCUGUUGAGUGCGCACUUAUUUGCUACUGGGGAGUUGCCCAUCACUGGAUACGUACCCAAGCCAGAGGGGGUCGCGGGCGAUGAUCCUCUGGAGUUGGCCCCUAUUCCGUGGCCGAGUGGGUUCAAGUAUGAUGGCCAGCUACUGAGGCUUGCUCUGGACCUUUCUGAAAGACUGCUUCCUGCAUUCUAUACCUCAACUGGCAUUCCAUAUCCUCGAGUCAAUCUCCGCAGUGGCAUCCCCUUUUAUGUCAACUCUCCCCUCCACCAACACUUGGUCCUGGAGGAGCAAAGUAGCAAUCCAGAGAUCACUGAGACCUGCAGUGCUGGAGCUGGAAGCCUCGUCCUUGAGUUUACUGUCCUGAGCAGACUGACGGGAGAUCCGAGGUUCGAGCAAUCCGCUAAGCGGGCUUUCUGGGAGGUGUGGCAUCGCAGGAGUGAAAUCGGCCUGAUUGGCAAUGGAAUUGAUGCGGAACGAGGGCUAUGGAUCGGUCCCCAUGCAGGCAUCGGCGCAGGCAUGGACAGCUUCUUCGAGUACGCGCUCAAAAGCCAUAUCCUUCUCUCGGGCCUUGGGAUGCCUAAUGCCUCUGCCUCGCACCGACAGAGCACGACCAGCUGGUUAGAUCCAAACUCUAUACACCCUCCUUUACCAGCCGCGAUGCAGACAUCGGACGCCUUCCUUGAAGCAUGGCAUCAAGCUCACGCGUCGGUCAAGCGGUACCUGUAUACGGAUCGGAGCCAUUUCCCGUACUACUCAAACAACAACCGCGCCACUGGCCAGCCGUACGCCAUGUGGAUUGAUAGUCUUGGUGCAUUCUAUCCAGGGCUUCUGGCCUUGGCAGGCGAAGUGGAAGAGGCCAUUGAAGCGAAUCUGGUCUAUACAGCUCUUUGGACCCGUUACUCUGCGCUGCCGGAACGCUGGUCCGUCCGCGAGGGCAACGUCGAGGCGGGCAUCGGCUGGUGGCCAGGCAGGCCCGAGUUCAUCGAGUCCACAUAUCACAUCUAUCGUGCUACUCGAGACCCCUGGUAUCUGCACGUCGGCGAGAUGGUUCUCCGGGACAUUCGGCGUCGAUGCUUUGCCGAAUGUGGCUGGGCUGGGCUCCAGGAUGUCCAGACGGGAGAGAAGCAAGAUCGCAUGGAGAGCUUCUUCUUGGGAGAAACAGCUAAAUACAUGUACUUGCUAUUCGACCCAGACCAUCCGCUCAAUAACUUUGAUGCCCCCUAUGUCUUCACCACAGAAGGCCAUCCGCUCGUCAUACCAAAGAGUAAGAGAGGGGUCGCUAAUCGGGAGAGCAAUCGCAGCAUAAAGAAGGGCAAGGACGUUGCGGUCUAUAGCUAUUACGAUGAAAGCUUCACAAACUCAUGCCCUGCACCUCCGCCGCCUUUGACAAAUCGACUAAGCGGCUCGGCCACCGCUGCCAGGCCAGACUUAUUUUCUGUUUCCCGCUUCACAGAUUUAUAUCGGACUCCAAAUGUACAUGGGCCUAUAGAAUUGGUUGAAAUUAAUGACAGAAAGAAGGGCCGGGUGAUGAGGUAUAGGGCGCUUUCCAACCACACCCUUUUCCCAUGGACUCUUCCGCCGACUAUGCUCCCCGAGAACGGCACUUGCGUUGCUCCUCCCGAGCGAGUUAUAUCCUUGAUCGAGUUUCCGGUCAGCGAUCUUACCAGCGGCAUGGGGGCGCACUUUGGCGCACAAUUGUCAUGGCAGAGCCAUCUGGGGCCGACAAUCACCGUGUUGGAGGGGCUGCGACUUCAGCUCGAGCAGGUGUUUGACUCUGACUCGAGCACCUAUAGGUGGAGGAUCACGCAUAUCGGCAAUACCCAACUAGGCCGAUACGAGACAGUCUUCUUCCAUGCCGAACACGUCAGACAUCUCAAGGACGAGGCUUUUUCGUGCAAGAGACGGAGGGACUCUGUGGAGAUUGAGCUACUGGUAGACAACCCAGAGCAGCAGAAUAAUAACAGCACGCUCGUGGUUUCCGAGGAUCUCAUAGCGGCUGAGAGCGAUGACAUAAUGGACAAUGACACACUCAACGCCGGAUCGCUGGGUUCCGACUCGUUAUUUCAAUCAAUACUCCGCGCUGUGUCUUCUGUCUUUGAACCAGUUUACACCGCAUUACCAGAGCCCGACCCAAGCAAGAGCGGCGCCAUGAUAUAUAGCUGGGACGCCUACACGUCCACCGGUCCCGGCUCAUACCCCGUCCCGGCCAUCUUGGAUACUCCCAUCACCGGCAACCCGUUCUACAAGUACAGAGACCCGGCUGCCAACUUUCCCUGGUCAACCGUCUACCUCGCAGAUCAAGCCUGCGACGGGCCGCUCCCCGCGUCUGCGGCUCGAGAACACCAAGUCAUUGUCAUGCUGCGCGGAGGGUGCUCCUUCAGCCGGAAGCUGGACAAUAUCCCUAGCUUCUACCCCAGCGAGAGAUCGCUCCAGCUAGUCAUUGUUCUCGAUGAGCCAUCUGCCGAUGACAAUGAUGACGAUGACGAUGACGACAGAGGCAAUAUGCCCAGGCCGCUGCUAGAUACAGAGCAGGUGACACCAAAGGGCAUGAAGCGCUUACAUGGUAUUCCCAUGGUCCUCAUGGGAGCUUCAAGAGGCGACUAUGAGCUCUUUAGGCAGGCAACGAGGGUUGGUAUGAGGAGAAAGUACCGUGUUGAGAGCCAGGGACUCAUUGUGGAGAAUGCCGUUGUCUUGUAG